GGGUAUGAUGAGUAAUGCUACACACACAUGCAGUUUACUUAGUUUUUGUUCAUCCACACACACAAGGGCAUAGAGGGAAGGCUUUGGCGCUCUCCUGAGAAGAUAUUUUCACCUUGCGCCUCAGGACCCGUCCAUGCAGCUAUGAUCUUCACAGCAGAGCAGGUCACCUGCGUGUGCGAGGUCCUGCUGCAGAGCGGCUGCAUAGAUCGUCUCGCCAGCUUCCUCCGCACUCUUCCUCCUGCUUCCUCCUCCUCGUGCCCCGGGGAGCUUGAGAGCGUGCUAAAAGCCAAAGCCGCGGUGGCCUUUCACCAAGGGCGCUUCUCAGACCUCUACACCCUGCUGGAGGGCUUCCCCUUCUCUGCACGCAGCCACCCGCUCCUGCAGCAGCUCUGGCUGCAAGCCCACUACAUAGAAGCGGAGAGGCAGAGGGGCCGACCCCUGGGAGCUGUGGGGAAGUACCGCGUGAGGAGAAAAUUUCCUCUACCAAACACCAUCUGGGACGGAGAGGAGACCAGUUACUGCUUCAAGGAAAAAUCUCGGAGUAUCCUCAGGGAGUGGUACCACCGUAAGCCGUAUCCCUCCACCCGAGAAAAGCGGGAGCUAGCAGCAGCCACCGGCCUCACCGCCAUCCAGGUCAGCAACUGGUUCAAGAACCGCCGGCAGAGGGACCGCAUAGCGGAGUUUACCGGUUUUCAGACAGGCUCUCGAGGACCUUCAGAACAAGCCUACCCAUCCUCUGACAACGACCUUUCACCUCCAGGCAGUCCCCAGUGCUGCAGCGAACCACCUCCACCCCUUUUCCAUCCACUGCCUCCUCCACUGCACCACACAUGUGGAGGGCAUCAAGAUGUUUAAGCUGUCCAGUGGUUGAUAGAUCAUCAUAAUUUCUGUUGUCAUUGAAAGUUUAUU